AGGGUCAUUUUAGUACACUACACUAACCUAAUCCUAACUGACGCGCCAUGCCUCGCUAUACGGUUCACAUUCGGGAUGAGUGGCUGGCUGUUCCCUGCCGCGACCCGACAUACACCAUCCAGUGGCUGGGCUACGAGGCGCUCAAACGCUACACCAAGAACAAGCCGGACAACGGAGGCAUCGACGCGGUGAAAGACAUUCGUUUUGUCGCGAGGAGGUGCCAGGGACAGGGGCUGUUGGAUGGUGAUGACACCAUAGAGGAUGUCCUCGAGGACAAUGACUUUGUCGAAAUUGCCAUCGAAGGGGAUACCAUGUCUCCAGACUUCAUUCCGUACCAGCCUGGAGUUUCACACCUGACAGCUGCGUACAGAGAAUCUGACGACAACCUUUUCCUAGAUGGCAACAGCCUGACUUCGACAGACCUGGUGAAUUUAGGACGGGGUCUGUACAAGAUUAAGCUGACCUCAGAAGCAGAGAAUGGAGUUGUGAAAUCCAGAGAGCUUCUGGACACCAUCGUCAAGGAGAACAAAGUUGUCUAUGGAAUCACGACAGGGUUUGGUAAAUUUGCCCGGACUGUCAUUCCUGUCCACAAGCUCAAGGAGCUACAGGAAAAUCUGGUGCGAUCACACUCUGCAGGUGUGGGCAACCCACUGAGCCCUGAAAGGACCAGGAUGUUGUUGGCUCUGAGGAUCAAUGUCCUGGCUAAAGGAUACAGUGGAAUCUCCCUGGAAACCCUGCACAGAAUGAUCCAAGCCUUCAACGCAUCCUGCCUGUCCUUCGUCCCUGAGAAGGGGACAGUAGGUGCCAGCGGAGACCUGGCCCCUCUCUCCCACCUGGCUCUGGGGCUGAUGGGAGAAGGCAAGAUGUGGUCUCCCAAGAGUGGAUGGGCCGACGCCAAAUACGUACUAGAGGCUCAUGGACUCAAGCCAAUAUCACUGAAGCCCAAGGAGGGCCUGGCGUUAAUUAAUGGUACCCAGAUGAUCACGUCUCUGGGGGCAGAGGCGGUGGAGAGAGCCCAGGCCAUCGCCAGGCAGGCGGACAUCAUCGCUGCAAUCACCCUGGAGGUGCUUAAGGGGACCUCCAAGGCCUUCGACAGUGAUAUCCACGCUCUGCGGCCCCAUCCAGGACAGAUAGAAGUGGCCAUGAGGUUCCGCGCCUUACUGGACUCAGACCACCAUCCCUCAGAGAUCGCAGAGAGCCAUCGGUUCUGUGACAGAGUCCAGGAUGCCUACACCAUGCGUUGCUGUCCUCAGGUCCACGGCAUUGUGAACGACACAAUAGAUUUUACCCAGAAAAUCAUCAACACCGAGAUUAACAGCGCCACCGACAACCCUAUGGUGUUUGCAGAGAGAGGAGAGACCAUCUCAGGAGGAAACUUCCAUGGAGAAUACCCAGCAAAGGCCCUGGACUUCUUGGCUAUAGGUGUCCAUGAGCUGGCAGCCAUCAGUGAGAGGAGGAUUGAGCGUCUGUGUAACCCGUCUCUCAGUGAACUGCCAGCCUUCCUAGUCAACGAGGGAGGGCUCAACUCCGGAUUCAUGAUCGCACACUGUACAGCUGCUUCCCUGGUAUCAGAGAACAAGGUGCUGUGUCACCCGUCUUCAGUGGACUCCCUGUCCACCAGCGCAGCCACAGAGGACCACGUAUCCAUGGGAGGCUGGGCCGCCAGGAAAGCCCUGAGGGUGGUGGAACAUGUGGAACAAGUCCUAGCAAUCGAGCUGCUAGCUGCCUGCCAGGGAAUUGAGUUCCUCCGCCCCCUGCGUACAACAACACCAUUGGAGAAGGUCUAUGACCUUGUACGUAGCGUAGUCAAGCCCUGGAUCAAGGAUAGGUUCAUGUCUCCUGACAUUGAGGCGGUCCAUCGUCUUCUUCUAGACCAGAAGGUGUGGAAUGUGGCUCAGCCAUACAUUGAGAAGUAUAACAUGGAGCUUCUUCCUGAGUCCCGCCCCAUCUCUCCUACUGCCUUCUCAUUGGAUCCCCCAGCAUCACCACGGAAACGCAUCCGACUCGAGUGAAAUCAUCAUUGUCUGACUAAAUGUAAACUUUUUGUCGCAGCCCCAGCCGCUUCAAUAAUUAUUAUGUAUUCCAUGCUAGUUUUGAACAAAGAGUUGUUGGAUAACAUUGAUUGAGGCUUGACAAUAGAUUUGUAUCUUAUUCGUCACAGAAACCAGAUAUAGCUUGAUUUAAUGUAUUAAACUUUAUUCACAAAAUCAAUAUGAAUUUAUUUUUCAAUAAAUUACAAUAAUUUCAUGCCUUAGUUAUCUCAUAUAUUCAUACUUUGUUUAAUAGUAAUUUGGGGAACUGAUUGUACACAUAAAUGACUAUGUACUGUAGAGUGAAUAUUGAUUUAAAGCUACAAUGUUCACCUGAAUAAUCUAAACAGUAAAUACAGUCAGUCGGUCUAAGGAAGCGGUAUUAUGUGUUUUUACAGGACGUGACCAACAACGGAAGAUUUUUCGAAACAAAUGUAAUUUAUACAACAUGUGCACACUGUAUUCUGCAUGUUUGUGCCAAAUAGGUUGCAUCCUUUACAUUUUAGCACUGAAUAAAGUCCUAAUAACAUAGUCA